AUGUCUGCAAGCUGUACGCUGAGGGUUAUCGAGGCCGCCAAUUUCGCGAAACGGUAUCCGUCCAUCCACCUACGAUCUGUACCCCUCCCCAAACGCAGCCGCCCGACGGGUGCCCGCGUCCCGGAAAAAAACGCCCACGCCACCGUCCAACCUCACCAACGACGUCGGAUCAAUAACCCGCAAAGCUCCAGCGCAGGAAAAGAAACCGAGACUCUGCGCGCGCCGAGCAUAUUCCGCUUAGAGCGAGGAGGCGAUGGUUGGGAGAGUGAGUGGGGUUACAGAGGGGUGUACGAGGGGCCUGUCUGCACGUGCGGCUUGUCAGCAAGCACCCAGGCGGCAAUCCUCGAACCAUUGGAGCGUGCCAUUGAUGCGGCACAGUCUCAAUCUUCAUCCUCGCCCCUCCCCCCAAAUUUCCAGGCGCACGGCCUGGCUCCGAUUCCGAGUCCGAUUGAUCUUCGUCCCCUCAUUGUCUCAUCGAGUCUCGAGCCCGGCUCGGAGAAAAACGCUAGUCCUGCAGCUCCGGGAACUAGGGUUGAGACGGCGCCUGCAGCGAGCUACGACGGCGUCCAACGGGAGGCGCCCCGGCUCUGCUCACGGCUCGGAGAUCCAUACGGGUACGCCCCGCUAGCCCUAUCCACCGAGCACACUUCGUCUCGGCCCACGAGCGCGACGAAGCCGCUGAGACGCCACCCGCAUCGUGCAAGACCCGCAGCCUCUGAGACGUCGCCCGUCGCCCAGAGCGCAAUCCCCAGAAGCCCCCGGACACGACCCACGAAAUAUCGCGAGACAAGUCGUCAGCUCGCGGUCCUCUGCCAGCUUUCAGGGGGGGGCAUCGAGUCUCGAACGGUGAUUGCAGCCAACGCACACGAACAAAACCCAGAGACAAGGCAUUGUUCAAAACCGCAGAUGGGGGACGGACCCGACGUUCUUGCGGGCUUCGUGCAAGCCUGGAUGGAUGGAUUGGCCGUGGGUGGGCCUCAGUGAGGGAGAGAGACAGACUCACCACACGUCUCCAGCACCCAGCUACCCACUCGCAGGGCACGUCCGGUGACCUUUGGUAGUAUAGGUAGCAUCCC